AUUUUAAUGAUAAACAAUUUAUUUUCCAUUUUUGACCCAUCAACAUCUCAAAGAUUUAAUUUUAACUGAUUAAGUUUAGUAAUUUGAAUAUUUAUUAUCCCUCAAGAAUUUUGAGCAUCAUCUUCAUUUUUUCUAAUUUCUUGAAAAAUUCUAAGAAAAAAAUUUUUUCAAGAAAUUAGAAAUAACAUAAAGUUAAAUAAAUUUAAAAAUUGUUUAUUUAUUUUUUCCAUUUUUUUUUUUAUUAUAGAAAGAAAUUUUUUAGGAUUAAUUCCUUAUGUCUUUACUUCAUCAAGUCAUUUAGUAUUUACAAUAUUUUUUGCAUUUCCUUUUUGAAUAACUUUUAUUUUUUUUUCUUUAAUUAAUAAAUUUAAUAUAAUAAUAGCUCAUCUAGUGCCAUUAGGAUCCCCUAUAAUACUAAGAUUUUUUAUAGUAAUUAUUGAAACUGUAAGAAAUUUAAUUCGACCGAUUACUCUUUCUGUUCGUCUAGCUGCUAAUAUAAUUAGAGGUCAUCUUUUAAUUCAUUUACUUUCUUCUAUUACAAUUUUUAGAAAAAUAUUAUUCCUAUUAACAAUUCCUUUAAUAAUAACUCUUUUAAUUUUAGAAACAGCUGUUGCUUUUAUUCAAGCAUUUGUAUUUGCAAUUUUAAUUAGCCUUUACAUUAAUGAAAGAUAA